AUGGCCGAGACGAGUGAGGAGGUGGCGGUACUGGUGCAGCGGGUGGUGAAGGACAUCACCAACGCUUUCAGGAGGAACCCGCACAUAGACGAAAUUGGACUGAUCCCAUGUCCUGAAGCUAGGUAUAACCGGAGUCCCAUAGUCCUGGUUGAAAACAAGCUUGGCGUGGAGAGUUGGUGUGUCAAGUUCCUUCUACCGUAUGUCCACAACAAGCUGCUGCUGUACAGAACAAGAAAGCAAUGGCUGAACAAAGAUGAAUUGAUAGAUGUCACAUGCACCCUGCUGCUUCUAAACCCAGAUUUUACCACUGCAUGGAAUGUGAGGAAAGAGCUGAUCUUGUCUGGCACUUUAAAUCCAAUUAAGGAUUUACAUCUGGGAAAACUGGCCUUAACUAAGUUUCCAAAGAGUCCAGAAACUUGGAUUCACAGGCGAUGGGUGCUACAACAGCUAAUUCAGGAAACCUCCUUGCCUUCCUUUGUGACCAAAGGGAACUUGGGCACAGUUCCUGCAGAAAGAAGACAACGCCUAAUACGAGAAGAGAUGGAGGUCUGUGGUGAGGCUGCAGGGAGGUACCCAAGCAACUAUAACGCCUGGUCCCAUCGGAUCUGGGUUUUACAGCACCUGGCCAAGCUAGACAUCAAGAUUCUUCUUGAUGAACUGUCUUCUACUAAGCACUGGGCAUCCAUGCAUGUUUCAGACCACAGUGGGUUUCACUACCGCCAGUUUUUGAUAAAGUCUUUGAUUAGCCAAACUGUGAUCGACAGUUCAGUAUUGGAUCAAAACCCUUUGAGAAGCGAGCCAGCCCUAGUUCUUCCAAAAGAUGAAGAGGCAACUUCUACCACGGAAUCACGGAUUAAUCUUCCUCAUCUUCUAGAAGAAGAAGUUGAAUUCACCACAGAUCUCAUUGAUACCUACCCAGGACAUGAAACUCUAUGGUGUCAUAGGAGGCAUAUCUUUUAUCUUCAGCAUCAUUUGAAUGCAGGUGCCCACACGUCUCAGGCGAUGGAGGUGGAUGGACUGAAUGACUCUAGCAAGCAGGGCUAUUCCCAGGAAAGCAAACGCCUGAAGCGGACCCCAGCUCCAGACUCUGUGGGCCUAGAAAUGGAGCACAGGUUCAUUGAUCAAGUACUGUCCACCUGCCGGAAUGUAGAGCAAGCCAGGUUUGCCAAUGCAUACCGGAAAUGGCUGGUGACUUUGAGUCAGUGA